ACGUAGGAUGUUAAUAUAAUAAACCUAUAUAAUUACAUAAUAAUUACAUAUCUGCCAUCUCCUGUUUGUUCCUCAUCGAUUAUCAACAGUUGAACAUCAAGGACAUAAACAACAAAGCAGAAAGCCAGAUCAUACAACAAUUAAUGGAGGGUGAAUUCUUCAACUUCAUUCAGGUAUGGUCUUCAGUGUUUGCAUGUUUCUUCUACAGCCAUUCAAUUGGGAAAUUUGUCCCAAAAGGAACAACCAGACUUUUCUGUGUCCUCCCAGUUGUCUUCCUCUUCCUUUAUCUUCCUCUCAACUUCUCCUCCAUGCAUCUUGAAGGUGGCACUGCCUUUUUCAUUUCUUGGCUCGGCAGCUUCAAGCUUCUACUCUUUGCUUUUGGCAAAGGCCCCUUGGCUUCACAUCCACCAAUCUCUAUUGGACGUUUCUUGGCCAUCGGUUGCCUUCCAAUUGAGUUCCAAGAAAACCCACCUCCAAAAUCCCCAAAUCCCAAAUUUGAAACCUACCCAUCUCCCUCAAAAUCCCACCCAAAUGGCCAAAUGACACAAAACCCACCUCCAAAAUCUCAAAACCCUAAAAUUGAAACCUACCCAUCACCCUCAAAAUCCAAUCCAAAUCGUCAAAACGGAGAAAACCCACCUCAAAAAUCCCAAAAUUCUAAAAUUGAAACCAACCCAUCUCCCCAAAACGCCCAAAAAUUGUCCCUAAAUCAAGCAAUAAAGGGCAUACUUUUUAUCAUUCUAAUUGGUGUCCUUAAGUAUAGUGAGCACUUCCACCAAAAGCUCGUAUUGGUCCUUCAUUGCUUGUACAUUUACCUUAAUCUGGAAAACUUACUGGCCAUUGUAACAAUAUUGACUCGAUCUCUGUCGGGUUUGGACCUCAAGCCCCACUUCAACGACCCAUACUUCUCCACGUCGCUUCAAAAUUUCUGGGGCCGAAGAUGGAACCUCGUGGCCCACAGCAUCCUGCGCUCCGCUGUGUACGAACCCACCCGCGGUUACUCUGCAGGCGUCAUUGGCCGCGAGCGGGCCCAUCUGCUGGCUGUCUUCGGAAGCUUUCUGGUGUCGGGGCUCAUGCACGAGCACAUCUACUACUGCAUGGGGCGGGUGAGGCCCAAGUGGGAGGUCACGUGGUUCUUCGUCUUGCACGGAGUGUGCUUGCCGGUUGAGAUCGUUUUGAAGAAGGCGUUGAAGGGCAGGUGCCGGUUGCCGAAGGUGAUCUCCGUGCCGUUGACCCUUGGGUUUAUGGUGGUGACCUCCUAUUGGCUGUUCUUUCCGCAGUUUAUUCGGUGCAAGGCUGACGUUAGAAUGCUUCAAGAGUACGGUGAGUUUGCCGCGUUCUUGAAGAACGUCAUUCCAAGUUUCCGAUAAUAUAUGAAAGUCUACCAUCUCCUGCUUGUUCACCAUCACCAACAGAUCAACAUUAAGGACAUAAACAACAAAGCAUAAAAGAGGUACAACCGAACUUCCCCCCAUACAUCUUGGAGGUGGCAUGGCACUGCAUUUUCAUUUUCAUGGCUGAUAAAACAAUCCAUUGUUUGAAAAAUGCGAGUAUGAAUUGACAACGUUGUAUUCGGUGUGUUCCAUGAGAUGACAAUAACAAAAGCAAACAUAAAACAAAUGUCCCUUCCUUUCUCA